UUGUGUUCAGUGUUGUUAGUGAUAUAUAUAUUUAUACAAUGGCGACUGCAUUAAUAAGGUUCAUAAUUUUAUUCCUAUUUUCAACAUGUGUGUUCGCUGAUGAAAUAGAGUUGGAGGCGACUAGUGGAGUUGUACUAAAAAUGCUUAGAGAAAUGGCGAACCAGACCAGCGCUGACACACUGAAUUUGCCAGCAAACGCUACAUCUAUUAGGGAAAAUAUUACCGAUACUUUUAGCUGCGAGAAUAGAGUAUACGGAUAUUACGCGGACGUUGACAACGACUGUCAGAUCUUCCAUGUUUGUCUCCCGUCACAGACCCAGUCAGGGAGAAACGUCACCUACCGCUGGAGUUUUAUCUGCCCAGCUGAAACGGUUUUCAACCAGGAAGUAUUGGUCUGUACACGGUCAAUCGAUUCUAUUCCCUGCGAGGAUUCACCUGCAUACUAUGACCUAAAUAUGGAAAUAGGAAAAGUUGCUGACAAGAAAGAAGAUACGCAAUCCAUUAACCAAAUUGAAACAAACACAAAUAAGAAUGACGUAAAGGAAACAGAAAACGUGACGGUCAAGAACCAAAAGCGAUUUCCUAGUCGCAAAAAGCAAAAUAUGGUCGAAAAACUUAUAGAAAAAGCUGUCGAAGAAAUGAACAAAAUGGAGGAUGAAGUUACUGACUCAGAUGAUAAUAUUGAAAGCGAUGAUAUGAAUACGAGUGCUAAUAUUGAAAUGACGCAGCCAGAAGAAGUAGUAGAUAUGAAAUCCGAGGUACCAGAAAUGGAAGCCACAUUUGAAGAUUCUAGAUUAGGAAUGGAGAGAAGUUUGAGAACAGGACGACAUGGUUGGAGAGGGUCCUAUAGAUAUAGAAGCAAUCAAAACUAAUUUAAGAUGUACCAGUUCUUCUUAUGUUCACUAAAGCCACUUUAAUGAAAUGCUAACCUGCUUAUGCUUGUGUUUGCAAGGAGCGUUAUCUAAGAAUUGUUUAAUUAAUUUUGCUUUGUGAUUUAAAAUAGUAAUAGAUUUUUAGAAUUAGAGAUGAUUAAUUAAUU